AGCGGCUACAUCUCUCAGUCGCGCUGCUGUGGGAGCGUUCAUCGGGCGGAUGAGGCAGUGCAGCUCCGAGCAUCCUCCACCCUCUGCUCUCCACCUGUGCAGCAGGACAGCGCUGAUGGAGCAGACCUUAUUUCACCUGGAGUAAAUUUCUGCGCCACUCCUACAUUUUUUCUCUCUCUUCUGGAUUCUGAAUCUCCCAUCAUUUCCACCUCCACAUCGGGCAGCUGAAGUUGAGACGAUGCCUCCGCUCGGCAUAUGGGAUUUGUAAUAGCCUCACAUGCGAGGUUGAUACAUCAUCUGUGAUUGAACCCCCCACCACCCCCUCUCCUCUUCUAAAGUGGAUGAAACAUGGACUAAUUAGUUAGAAAUACAGCCACCAUGGGAAUAUUCCAGCUAUUUCUGGUUCUUUGCAUAUUUUUCGCCUCCUCAGUUGUAGGAUUCGGGGUUGACCCUGCCCUGCGCAUCAGCGUAUUCGAUGAACUCAGGCUUGGAGAUGGCUUUGAUGGACUCACUCAGGUCCAGGGCUUCCACAGCGAGACUAGAGCUUUCCACUUCCAAGGGUCCUCCAGAGAAGUGAGAGCUUCUGCUGAGGUUUCAGCACAAAUGCUCAAGAAGCUUAAAGGCAAGAAUGAGUUUACGGUUCUAGCCACCGUCAAACAAGAUCGUCUCAAUUCUGGAGUCAUUCUCUCCGUCCACCAGUCGGAUCACAGGUUUUUGGAGCUAGAGAGCAGUGGACAGCGCAGUGAGGUGCGCCUUCACUACCGCACCAAAAAUCAGAAGGAUCACACUGAGGUGUUUCCAUACAGCCUGGCUGAUGACCAGUGGCACAAGAUCUCUGUGGCUGUCAGCGCCUCUCAUGUCAUACUACACGUCGACUGCAACAGGAUCUAUGAGCGUGUGGUUGAAGCUCCCUCCAUGGACAUACCUGAGGACACUUCCUUCUGGCUCGGACAGAGAAAUGCUGCUCAUGGCUUCUUCAAGGGAGUGAUGCAGGAUGUGGAAGUCCUGGUGAUGCCGCAGGGUUACAUCUCCCAAUGUCCAGAUCUCAACAGGACAUGUCCAACCUGCAAUGACUUCCAUGGGCUUGUGCAGAAAAUUAUGGAACUGCAGGACAUCCUUGCAAAAACCUCAAGCAAGCUGUCCCGGGCAGAGGAGAAGAUGAAUGGGCUUGAUGGCUGCUAUUGUGAGCGGACUUGCAGCGUCAAGGGGGUCAUCUACAGGGAGGAUGAGGGCUGGACAGAUGGCUGCAAGAACUGCACAUGCACGAACGGCACAGUACACUGUGAGGCCAUCUCCUGCCCUCCCCCUCAGUGCCCAGCAGGAACGGCCCCUGCCUACAUAAAGGGUGCCUGCUGCAAGGAAUGCCAGCCUGUUUGUUUGUUUGGUGGAAGAGAAUUAGUGGAGGGAGAUCAGAGGGCAGUGCGUGAUUCCUCUGGCAGAUGCCUGCUGUUUGAAUGCAGGGACAGGAGCAUGCAUCGAGUGGUCCCCUCAGAGCCGUGUCCUGAACUCAGCUGCCCAGAGUCAGAGCAGAUUGCUUUGAGCAACAGAUGCUGUAAAGUCUGCAGAGGUCAUGACUUCUGCUCAGAAGGCCACGGCUGCCUGGAGCACUCUGACUGUGUGAACCUGGAGGCAGGCGACUGCUGUGUUUGUAAGGAUGGUUUCCGCCCACUGCGAGACGAUAAUGCCUACUGUGACGAUAUUGAUGAGUGUGCCGAAGGAAAACACUACUGCAGAGAAAACACCAUGUGUGUUAACACCCCUGGAUCCUUCAUGUGCAUCUGCCACACAGGCUACAUCAGGAUCGAUGACUAUUCCUGCACAGAGCAUGACGAGUGCCUCAGUGGACUCCACAACUGCGAUGAGAAUGCCUUGUGCUUCAACAUGGUUGGAGGCCACAGCUGCUCGUGCAAGCCGGGCUACACGGGAAACGGGACAGUUUGCAAAGCAAUGUGUGACGGACUGUGUCAAAACGGGGGAACCUGUGUUUCACCUAACAAGUGUGUUUGCCAGCAAGGAUUUACUGGGAGUCGAUGUGAAACAGAUAUUGAUGAGUGCGCAGACGGCUUUGUGGAGUGCGAUAGUAAAUCCACUUGUGUCAACUUGCCCGGCUGGUACCACUGCGAAUGUCGCGAUGGCUACCAUGACAACGGCUUGUUUUCCGCCAAUGGGGAAUCGUGUGUUGAUAUAAAUGAAUGCAAGACAGGGAGAAACACCUGUGCCAAUGACACAGUGUGCUUCAACUUGGAAGGAGGAUAUGACUGUCGGUGCCCCCACGGGCAUAACUGCACUGGCGACUGUAUCCAUGACAACAAGGUCAAGCACAGUGGGCAGAUUUGGGUGCUGGACAAUGAUAGGUGCUCAGUGUGCUCGUGCCAGGCUGGCCAAGUGAUGUGCCGCAGGAUGGUGUGCGACUGCGAUAACCCCAACGCUGAUCUUUUCUGCUGUCCCGAGUGCGACCCCCGCCUGAGCAGCCAAUGCCUGCACCAGAACGGGUUGCUCACUUACGGCAGCGGCGACACAUGGGUGGAGAACUGCCAGCAGUGCCAGUGCCUGCAGGGGCAGGUGGACUGCUGGCCUUUGCCGUGCCCGCCCGUGGACUGCGAGUUCACCGUGGUGCCCGAGGGCGAGUGCUGUCCCCGCUGUGUCACUGACCCCUGCCAGGCCGACACCAUCCGCAAUGACAUUACCAAGACGUGCACAGACGAGCACAACAUUUCACGCUUCAGCGGCUCCUCCUGGAUCAAACAUGGGACAGAGUGCACCCUUUGCCAGUGCAAGAAUGGACACAUCUGUUGCUCAGUGGACCCCAUGUGCCUUUAGUCUUGGCAGAUCUGAAGGCGCCUGUACAGCAUUCUCCGUGUACAAAAAGGAAAAAAAAAAAGGAAAAACACACUUUCACAUCUUCUCACUGUUCUCGUGAUAGGCCCGGGUCAAACAGUGUUUGCACCGUCAUGGCUGCCAGAAACGGAGGUUACUAUUCAGGUCUCCAUUGAACACAUAUUCGAGCCUAAACAUUCAGGUAUCAUCUCUGAUUAGCUGCAGUUUCUAGGUCUUCUUGUUUAAUUCCUACAGGACGCAACCUGAAACUUUGUCUUUAGGACGAAAAAGAAAGAAAAUGACUUGCAAACAGUAUUUGACCUUCGCCUUCUCCUCAAACCCUUUGUACCAAAUACAAACAUGUAUCAUCCAAAGCCGAUGAUGGACUACAUUUCCCUCAAAGUCACUCUCUUGUUCUUUGAGACUCACAGUUUCCCACUCUGAACCAUCACCACAUCAAUCUGUAAGAUAUUACUAUAACUGGCAUGACUGUGCUUGAUGUCCAAAUGUUUCAGCUGAUUUUUGAAAUUCUCAGUUAUGACGAUGAUGAAGAUACCUUAGAGUAAAGGCAGUUAGCAUAAGGUUCUUUUGGCACAUUUACCGGCUGUCUAUAUUAUGUGGUGCUUUGUAGCAUUUUGUUCCAUUUAUUCUUUCUUUGUAACUUUUCUUUUCGAGCUUGUUAUGGUGUCAUAGUGAAAUAAAGUAUUUCCAUUUACAUUUAA